CGUAGCAACACACCUUUGGAGUGAAGGCAAUACCUCGCUGUGUUAGCAAAAUUUCCAUGUCUUCGGGUGUAGUUCGUAAAGGUUGAAGUGUGUAUGUUAGGAUGGAAACGUUAGAAUAAUUAAGGAUGAACCGUGAAUUCAUGCCAGGAAUAAUAAGUGUGAAGUUUUGAUUUCCUCCCUUCUGUAAUAAGCAGCCAAUGAGGGGCUCUCCAAACCAGACCUGUGACAGUGGUGUAUCCAUGGACCUCUUCUUACACUAUUCUCUCGUUCCGUCGGUAAGGGGUCUCUGUGUCCCCGUACAGUACAUUAACAUCCAGUUCGUCAUCGUGGUUGUGCUGUCGGCCCUGCAGAGGAGAUCCAGACACCUGCCCAUUGAUGAGAAGCUCCCCUUUCUCAACAACCGCUUUGGCAUUGUUGUGCCUCUGGACCUCAUGGAGAACCUCAGUAACAGAUGGUCCUAUGGGUUUGCCUUCGGAGCUGUAUCCUCCAGUGUCUUGCUUCUUUUCUCAGAGCAUUACAUGACAUUCAACGUUCCACCCUGGGCCAAAGCUUUUGUGUACCUUGUGGGUGCUCUCGAGGUGGGCCUGGCCUAUUUCCCUUUCUUUGCGUGUCUGUCAACCCCUUGCCGAGAGUUUGGGGCUGUUCUGGGAAUCCUCUACUCUUUGACAUGGAUAAUCAUCACGCUGUGGGAUACAGUGAUGUGUCCCACUGGUAAGAUACUGGGUAGUCACCAGAAGCUCGUCUACCAGUGGCCGACCAUUUUGUCUCUCGUAUUCCUCCUGGGGCGGUUCACAUACAUGCUGGUCAAAGCUGUUCGGAUUCGACUCCAGCUUGAAACUGAGGACCAAGACCAGCUAAUCCAGUGUCACCAGGCCAAGCAUGUACAGAGGUUGUUGAGGAGGAUCCCUAUUGACCGGAAACUGGAGGCCAGUUGGUUCCAGAGGAGGGUCUAUGACUGGGACCCCCACUUCAAGUUCCCUAACAGAAUGAUCGGCACAUCCAUCAUAUCCCUGAUUGGCUUAUACACGAUGACUUUGGCUGACUAUAGUCUCAGUGACUAUGCGUUUGAUAAAUUGGAUGUUCUGAAAGACCAACUGAAGAAGCUGGCUUUUUCCUGCAAUGAGACAGAGAUAUUUGUAGCUAUGAUCCCCCAAUUUGAGGAAUUCGCUCACGUUGCCAGAAAGUGCUGGCUAGCCACAACCAUCUUUGCCAGCCUAACGUCUGUGUCAUACACAUUCCAUGUGUUAGCAUGCUACCGGAAACAUCUGAAGAGAUUGUGGGCGGGGGAGAAGGCCUUUCUUCCUGAGAAGUUCCAUAAUCCCAAUUCUGCAGUCAGUGUGGCUGCCAUCACAAGAUACUCCGGAUGGCAAAUAGCAUUUACUUUGUGGGGUUUUCUAAUUGUUCACUUUGUCCAGUUCGUCUUUGCGUUGCUCUUUACCUACGGAGUGGUCCUCCCCAUCCAAAAUGGAAGAGUGUUGGAAAUGUUGACCAACAUGGGAACUAUUCUUUUGACCAUAGGUAUCGUUAUAGGACUGGUUAUACUACAGGUGGUGCUGGUCCAAGUGUUCUUCCUUCAGGACAAGAUCUCACCGUCAGACAGGAAGAAACCUCUGGCACUCAACAACAGGAAGGCGUUCCACAACUUCAACUACUUCUUCUUCUUCUACAACGUUGUGAUGGGCCUGAGUAACUGCAUCCUGCGUCUGCUAACCAGCUGCGUGGUGGGCACCUGGCUGGUGUCACGCAUCGACCGUACCAUCAUGCCGAAGGGAUACGAGUCCAUGGACCCUGGUUACAGCACUUGGAUCGGGAUGAUUUUUGCAGACCACUACCACAACAACCCUGUCAUGGUGUGUUUCUGUCACCUUCUCCUGUCCAACACCAUGGCGAAACAACAGAGGACCACAGAGGCAGCAUCCUACUCCACGUUCAACAACACAUCUUCGCCAGAUUCAGCCCGUGGAAGCCGGGCCAGGCGGCGAUGGAUGCUCCUCUACACCCUGAUGAAGAACCCACGACUGAUCCUAUUGAGGAAGAACAGGACCACGUCCUGUCCCACUCACCACCAGGAAACUGUGGUCCAAGCCUGGCUGCUGGCCUCUCAGACCGAACAGAUGGGACAGGCACCAGAGAUGACGGCCACAGCCGCUACAGUUACGUCAGAUCAGACGAUGACCAAUGGGCAGGCAUUAACUGACUGAUUCUGCUCCGGGUUUAUACACGCGCGGCCUGAAAUAGUGUAGUACAAUACUGUGAUGUAACAUUUAGUAGACCUACAGACAUUUCGAGGACACGUUUUGGCUCAUGAGUGCUACACUUGAUACUACAGGCCAAUUCUUCUGUAGGCCAAGCUCUUACAAUGUAUUGUAUUGUAUGUGAUGAAUAAUAUGAUUAAUGUAUUGUAUUGUAUGUGAUGAAUAAUAUGAUUAAUGUAUUGUAUGUGAUGAAUAAUAUGAUUAAUGUAUUGUAUUGUAU